AUGGCCGCCACCGGCGUGGUCGCCGAGCCCAAGACCAAGUACGAUCGCCAGCUCAGAUUUGCAAAAUCAAUUGACAUAAAUGAUAAGGAUCCUGUUGUCCACAAGCAUACUCCAUACAUCGUUAUCCUUGUGAGACUUGCAAAAAAAUGGGCUGAUGCCCAUGAUGGUAACAUGCCUUCAACUAGGCAAGAGAAAAAGGAAUUUAAGGACCUAAUUCGAGCCCAUAUGCUUAAUGUCGAUGAAGAAAAUUACAAAGAAGCUGUGGACUCUUCAUAUAAAGUCUCAGUCACUCCAGGAAUCAGUAAUGAGAUCCGUCAGAUAAUUGAUGAUGACUCUGCUGAAGUCAAUUCAUCAUCAUCAGAUUUCUGGAUUUUAGUGGCUGCUUUAAAGGAGUUUAUUGCAAAGGAGGGCAAUGGUGAGCUACCUCUGGAGGGAACAAUACCUGAUAUGACUUCCCUUACUGAGUAUUAUCUUUGUAGAUAUCGUAGUUUCGAGGAGGAAUUUGGCUCUCCAAUUGUCUCUGAGAUUCAGAGGUAUUUCACCGAUGAAGACUACAGUUACGCAAUGAACUUCUACAUUCUACUACGGGCUGUUGAUCGAUUGGCUGCCAAUUAUAGCAGAUUGCCUGGAAUCUUCGACAGUGAGAUUGAUGAGGAUAUCCCUAGGCUGAAGACAGUUGCGGCUUCAGUGCUAAGUGAGAUGGGUUUGAACGGAGCAUCCUUAUCCGAAGACCUGAUAACUGAAAUGUGCCGGUUCGGGGCUGCGGAGAUCCAUCCAGUGGCUGCUUUUGUCGGUGGAGUCGCUUCCCAAGAAGUAAUUAAGCUGGUCACCAAGCAGUUUGUGCCGUUGCGGGGAACAUUCAUAUUUAACGGAAUCGACCUCAAAUCUCAAGUUUUGGUGCUAUAA